AUGACAACAGAGGAAGAAGGGAACUGGGAUUUGGCUAAGCUCAGCACUGGCCAGAGAGAAGUAACAGUUCAGAAAGGACCACUGUUUAGAGCUGAAGGUUACUCUAUCAGCAUUGCCUGCAAUGUAACUGGUCACAAGGGCCCUUCGGAACAGCACUUCCAGUGGUCUAUUUACCUGCCCACAGCCCCACAACAAGAAGUCCAGAUUGUUAGCACCAAGGAUAGAAGCUUUUCCUAUGCAUUGUAUGCAAAGCGUGUGCAAAGUGGGGAAAUCUAUGUGGAGAGGGUCCAGGGCAACUCAGUCUUGUUGCACAUCUCAAAGCUCCGGAAGGAGGAUGCUGGCGAGUAUGAGUGUCACACACCGAACACAGAUGGAACAUACUUUGGGAGCUACAGUGCAAAGACUAAUCUAACUGUUAUUCCAGAUACUCUCUCUGCCACCAUGAAGCCCCAGGUUCUGAAUAAGGAUGAAGGUGAGCCAUUAAAACUUACCUGCGAAGCAUUCAAAGACACAGCUCAACAUACUCACCUCUCUGUCACCUGGUACAUGAUACAGGAAGGAGGAAGAAGCCAAGCCACCAAGAUUAUUAGCCUCUCCAAAGAUUUCAUGCUACUCCCUGGGCCCUCUUACACAGAGAGGUUUGCAGCAGGUGAUGUGCAGCUCGAUAGACUUGGGGUCACUAAUUUCAGACUGUCCAUAGGGAGUUUGCAGCCCUCAGACCAAGGCCAGCUGUUCUGUGAAGCAAUUGAAUGGAUUCAGGAUCCAGAUGAAACCUGGACUUUUAUCACUAAAAAGCAGACAGAUCAAACAACGCUGAAGGUCCAGUCUGAAGAGAGAGAUUUUCGAGUCAAUAUGACAGCUGAAAGCACGUAUGCUGAAGGGAAGCCCUUGGAAUUGGUCUGCAUGGUGCUGGGCAGCAGCCGGGACUCCCGGCUUCAGGGCGUUUGGUUCUUCAAUGACAAGGAAAUUGGCAGCAUUGAUGCUGAUGGGGUACUGAACCUGAAGAAAGACUACAAAGAAAGAGCGAGUCAAGGACAGCUACAUGUUUCAAAGUUAAGCCCCAAGACUUUCUCUUUCAAGAUGUUCUCUGUAGGCCCAGAGGAUGAAGGUGUCUAUAGAUGUGUAGUGGCGGAGGUGGCGAGAACCCAGGGGGGCUCCUGGCAGGUUCUGCAGAGUAAGCCAUCACCAGACAACCAUGUACACCUGAGGAUGCCCACAGCAAGAAGUGUGGCCAUGUCUACCAAGAACAAGCAGCAGUCAGUGUGGGAAGGAGAGGUGCUAACCCUCAUCUGUAAGGCAGGUGGAGAUGAAAGUCCUCUAUCAGUGAAAUGGUGGCACUUCCCACAGGACCAAACACAGCCAGAGUUCAUGGCUGGCAUGGGCCAUGAUGGCACCGUGCAGUUGGGUUCCUCCUAUGGGAGACCCAAUAACCAUGGCAACAUAAGGCUGGAGAAGGUGGACUGGGCUUCCUUCCAGCUGGACAUCCCCUCCACGGCCAUCACUGACAGCGGGACUUACCAGUGUGAAGUGUCUGAGAUGAUUCCGAAACAGGCCAGAGAGCUGAGCUGGACUCAGAAGAUUUCGGUCACUGUAAAAUCUCUGGAAUCAAGUUUACAGGUUACUCUGAUGAGCCGUCAACCACAAGUGCAAUUAGCCGACACCUUUGACCUGUCUUGCAUAGUGAGUGCUGACUACUCUGAUCUCAUGGUACCACUCACUGUGAUCUGGCAGUUCCAGCCAGCCGGGUCUCAAGUCUUUCAUCAGCUUAUUAGAAUCGCCCAUAAUGGUGCCAUUGAAUGGGGGAGCUUCCUCUCCCAGUUCCAAAAGAAGACAAAGGUUUCACGGUCUCCAUUCCGUUCUCAACUCCUCAUCCAUGAUGCCACAGAGGAAGAGUCAGGAGUGUACCAAUGUAAAGUGGAAGUUUAUGACAGAAAUUCCCUACUCACAAACAGCUCUGCAAAGGCUGCCGCCAUCUCUCAUCCAUUGAGAAUAGCCAUCACUUUACCAAAGAGCACACUAACAGUGAAUUUGAGCAAUCAAGUCCAAGAGCUCUCCAUCAACAGCAACACUGAGAUAGAAUGUAGUAUCUUAUCCCUGUCCACAAGAAAACUUCAGUUAGCAGUUAUUUGGUAUUUUUCCCCACUUUCCACUAAUGCAUCCUGGCUGAAGAUCCUGGAAAUGGACCAAACCAAUGUCAUAAAAUAUGGGGAUGGAUUCCAUACCCCAGGGAGAAAACAAAAAUUUCACACCGAGAAAAUUUCUCAGAACUUGUUUCAGCUGCACAUUCUAAAUGUGGAAGCUGGAGAUCAGGGCAAAUAUCACUGUGCUGUGGAGGAAUGGCUCUUGUUGACAAAUGGCACUUGGUACAAGCUUGGAGGAAAGAAGUCAGGACCAACAGAAUUGAAACUCAAGCCCAGAGGAAGUAAGCUGCAUGUCUCCAAAGUGGACUGGACAAAAAACGUUACUGAACAUGAGGAAGUGGUCAUCCGCUGCAGUCUGGAGACUUCAGGCAGCUCAGCUUCCUUGUUCUCAGUCAUGUGGUAUUGGAACAGAGAAGGUUCUACAAGUAAAAUGCUGGUGCAUUUGCAGCAUGAUGGCAUGCUGGAAUAUGGUGAUGAGGGGCUCAGAAACCACCUACACUGUUACCGGUCGUCCCCUACAGACUUUGUCCUGAAACUUCAUCGGGUGGAGAUAAAAGAUGCUGGAAUGUACUGGUGCAGGGUGGCAGAAUGGCAACUAUAUGGAAACCAAAACAAGUGGGUCAACCAAACAUCAGAUGAAUCACAGCACAUGACGCUCACUGUGAUACCUUCAGAGCUUACAUUUCCUUCCAGGAUCUGCUCAUCAGCGCCUUUACUUUACUUCCUGUUUAUCUGCCCCUUGGUGAUGUUCCUUCUUCUACUCAUUUCCCUCCUCAGUUUAUACUGGAAGAGCAGGAAGUUAUCAACUCUGACUUUAAAUGCACGUAAAGAUAAGUCUCUCUGGGUGGACUUGAAAGGAACUGAAAAAAUGACCAUAGACGGGAAUGAAGAGGAAGAUGAAGAGGAAGGCAACUGA